AUGAGCGUUGCUUACGGACAGUACUAUCCCAUCGUCGCUACCAACACCGCCGCCGCCGCCGCUUGUCCAUACUUCUGCACUUGUAAGCCUACAAUCUGGCAGUGCUCAAGCAGCAGCUCGAUGACCUGGCCGUUGGAUAAUCAGCCUCAUGUAAUUGUGAGAGGUGUGAAGAUGUUGGACAUGACAGGAUCGGAUGUGAAUGUUCUUCCAAAUUGGCGGCCUACCCAUAAUUUCCCGGAUUUGCAACUAAUCUUCCUGGUCAACACAAUUUUUGACGGUUAUCAAUGUCGUGAAUUGGAGUGCCUGGAGAAACUGGGUCUGAAGAUCAUCGCUCCCCGAUGCGGAAAAGACAAACGUAACGGCUGCGCGUAUGCCCCGUGCUGUCCGUGGUCCAGCCGCCCUACACCAACCGGGUUUCCAACACCCUGGCCUUUGCCAUAUCCGCCCAAAGUCUUCACUACCACCCAUGCUGGUAGUAGCAGUGGCAACGACAACGAUGACGACGACAACAACUACAACAACAACAAAGCCAGCCACAGCAGCAGCAGCAGCAGUGCGCCACUUUUGGAUACUAGCGGAAUAAUCGGGAUCGCUGUGGCAAUUGUCCUGCUCGUCCUGGCUAUCCUGGGAUGUGCGGCAUCACGCUACAAUUUAUUUCAGCGCUGCAUGGCACGGCUGCACGCACACAGGACUGUCGAUCUUUUUGCGGUUCGAAUUCCCAGAACUCCAUCCGCUCCGCCACAUCCCUUUGGUGGCCCUGGCAACGGCCGCCAACCGCCGCGCUCAUCGCGCCCAUCAACAUUCUUGGGAUUCCAUAACUCUAACGCUAAUCUAAGAGGUCCCUGGCCGCCAGGAUCCGCUGCAACAACAGCUCCGCCUCAUCAUCCACCUCGUCCAAAUGACGACGUUACCGGGUUUGACGGCAUUAACACCGCUGACCCUAACCAGGAGUGGGAAAAUGUGAAUUUGCGACUCGACAACAGUAUUAAUCGUCUAGGCGAAAGAGUUAGUGUCAUGCGGGCAGCUUUGUCUCGCGGAGAACAACAGCAGCCGCCGCCACAACUACCGCACCAGCAGCCGGGGAAUUUUUCCCUGGAAAGCGUUUCUGGAAGCAACCCACCAUCAGAUUCCUCUUAUCACAGCGCCAUCGACCCGGAGCGAUACAACAACACAGACCGGGAAGCUGUUAACGAUAGUAUGGCCCAUUUCGUGGAGAAUAUGGAUGAACGGACCAGAAGACUGUCUGCUGUGUGGAGCCGAAGCGUGACGGACCCAGCCUUUCCCGCCCAUAUGGCCGCCUUCUCGACCAGUAUUCUGUAUGAUACUGUUGCAAGUGGACCGGAAGGAGAGCGUCAGAUGGCUGAUGGAAUUCGAGCGUGGCGCGAAAUGGACUUGGAAGUUCGGGCACAGGGUGGUCCAAGCGAUGAAUUUGAAGCGCAGCGUGAAGAAUUCAAACGUCGCCGCGAGCGUUUCAAGCGACUUCGGCGUCAGACACAGUAA